AGUUAAACGCAACAUGAGUCGUUGCUAACUUAAAUAGCCAGGAAAAGAAGGAAAUAUUAUUUUGAACCUAUAUCUUAAAAUUUUCGCCUCUCCUUUAUAUUAGCUUGGGUUUUUUUACACAGUCUUGGAGCUACAGAAAAACCGACUCAGAUGCGACAAAGGAGGAAAGUUAGAGGAUUUUAGAAUUCCUCCAUUAAAACGAAUACGAUAGUUAUCUUGACAUCACUGUUGCAGCUUGGGAACAGAAAGGGUUUUUUGUGUCAUAGGCUCGAGACAGCUGAAGUUUCGGUAGUAACGCGACUACACACGGACACGCCUCUCACCGGGUUUCUGUCCAAUCCCAUUGCUUUUAGUUCUGCAACCGACCAAUCAUCGCAGCUAUGUAAAUCGCCUCCUGAAUACUGCUGCCUCGGGACUGUUUUAAUGUGAAGCUGCCAGAUUUAUCUGUCAGACGCAGCGCCGUGGAGUUCAGAUAAAGAGUCAGUAGAGUCCGGAAGGCUCCAGCAAAGCUUGGCUGUUCGCUACUGUUUUUUUGCAAGACGGUCGGAUUGAGUUUAAUGUACAACAUGACAUUUGAGGAACUAAGUGGGGAUUAUUCUCAAGAAAGAAUGGAUACGGUGGCGAAAGCCUUGGAGGAAGUCCUCACCUCUGCCUUGCCUCAGGGCUGUAUUACUGUUGGAGUCUACGAGGCAGCCAAGUCCCUCAACAUAGACCCUGACAAUGUGGUGCUGUGCAUCCUGGCCACUGACGAGGACGACGUUAAAGACGUGGCCCUGCAGAUCCACUUCACGCUCAUUCAGGCUUUCUGCUGCGAGAACGACAUCAACAUCCUGAGGGUCAACAACACCCACCGGCUGGCAGAGAUCCUGGAGGGAAGCGGAGGGAAGCAGAGCGGCGGGGAGCCCAUGGACCUGCACUGCGUCCUGGUCACUAGCCCUCACUCCACAUCAUGGAAGGACCCCGCUUUGAGCAAGCUGAACCGGUUCUGCAGAGAGAGCCGGUGCAUGGACCAGUGGGUUCCCAUCAUCAACCUGCCCGAGCGAUGAGCCCCCUCGCCCCGGACCGCCCCGCAUUGAGGAGACCCUGUUCGGAACCAAAUCAUAUCUGCACAGGAGGCGUGCUUUAAAUCCCACCUGACACCAUGCUCCCACCAGAGAACCAGGUCUGCUGCAACGCUGGUUGCAGAGAGCACAGGAAAAAAAAAAACUACACAAAAAAAACAAGAAAGAGAAAAAACAAAAAACAUGCUGUCAGUGUGGGAUGUGUUCAAAACCAAAAUAAAAAAAAGCGUGGGGUCGGAAUUUCCACUCCGAACCGGGUUUGUUUGGAGUUAACGUCCGCGGGCCGUGGCGGACUCAAUUCGUCUGGAGGUGGAAGUGUUACGAAGCUUGUGUGCUUUUCAGUGUGACGCCCCGCAGCCGAACACAAGGACUGUACGCUGUUUGUUUGGCAACGUCUCCGUGGCGAUGGGGAGGAGCGGGACAGCGACCCCGGGACGCGGAGCUGCUGAGCCGCUGAGCGGACCCAGGCCUCAGGCUCUCUGCAGAAAUAAAGCACUUGUUGAAACACUGGAGCUGCUGCAGUUUAACUUAUUCAUCACAGCCGUUCAUGUUCAGGUUGAUGUUCUGAUUUCAAAAGGGAAAACCUUCAUUCUGUUUUACUGUUUCUUCUAUAUCUAUCAACACACCAGCUACUUUUUUUUUUUUUUGUUGUUUUAUUUUUUUCUAAGUGAACUAGUUCUUUUGUUCAAAUUUAAGUUAUUUCUAAUUAUAUUUAUGCAUAUUUAUGUUAUUUUUUACAAACUUGCACGACUUGAGUACCAGACAAAUGUUUUCCUGUCAAUAAAAUCUUCUUGGAAACAAAAUGUAAAAUGUGUUGGGUUGAUUUGUUUUUUGUUUUGUUUUUUUUUGCUGAAUGUUGAGCUGCAGUGAAAGAGAGUGUCACGUGUGGAUGGCAGGGGGUCAGGCCGGCCACUGCGGCCCCGCUGUGGCCCCGGUGCCAUCCCUGGCCUAAGCAGAACAAUGACCGGCCCAACCCGGCCGCUGCUCAGGCUUCUGCCGCGGUCAGCAGGACCGAGCGCAUUCAUCCAAACAGCUCAACCACUCUCUAAAGAAAAGCGAGUGGCAGAGACUUCAGACUGCGAUUGUCUAAGAUUUGAGCGUCUUAAGUUUUUGAUUUGGCGGCUCCUGAACUGCUGCAGGUCAGAAGAGAGCAGAGCAGAAACAGUUUAGUCAGUGGGUGUUUUCUGGCAUGCAGGACGUUGUGUAAGUCCUUGUGAGCCGCUGACGCCUCCCCUCCUCUCCCUCUUUAUCCAGCAGUCACAUGAUCACACCAGCAGGUGAUCUUCCAGAAGCUGGCUGCUGGUGACGUCACUCGGCUGAUGUAAGGCAGGCAACCCCCUCUGAAAGUGCCAAGUCAUUAUCUGGGCGAAAGAGCGAAAAGGAGUUUCACAAUCUAGGUCAUGUGAGAGCGGCCAGGGGAAGGUUGAAAGAAUUUCAGCUUAGAAAAAGUCAUUAAUCAGGCAUUUAUUUUUGCUGUGUCAUGUUAGACAGUUUGCACACCCCACUGAAAGCUUCAGUUCUUUGGAAUGAAAUGUUCACAUUAAUGUAUAAAUCUCUAUUUUUUAUAUCUUUCUCUGGGAAAGACAAUUAUGCAACUAUACUGUAACCCCUCCUACAGCUGGUCUGACAGUUCAGCUGAAAGCAGUCUGUAUUACAACAAAUUUGAAGACACCUCUGACUGAAGACUCUUUUUCUGAAAGUUUCACAAACAGGAUGCUCAGGGCUGUCCACGUUUUUCUGGACUGUAUGCAUAUGUAAUAAGAGUUCAAAUUUAUAUCAUAAACAUAUUGUGCCGUCAUCAAAAACAUAACUAACAUACUGCGACGCAAGAGAUGAGCAGCUGAGCAGGAUGACUUUUGGGGUUUUUGUAGCCAUCUACCAACCAGUCUGCAGAAAGUCUGUCCCACUCCUCACUUUCAAAUUUCCCCACAGCAUUUAAAUGACAUAAUUAUCUGAGCUUUGACUAGGCCGAGGUCAGCCAAAGCGGAGCAUGUUGACAGUUCUGAAUGUUUUAAAUGUCCACAGUGGAAUGGCUCGUUAAACUAUUUUUGGAUUUUUAAAAAAAAUUUUUUUAAUCCUUCACCGGACUCACAAAGUGCCAGGAUCGUUUUUAGUUCUGAUGGUCACUUCGACAGUCAGCAGAACUAAAUGAAAUGUCUGGAGUUUGAAAACAGCGAGCCUCAUUCAGAAUGCUGAGAAAUGGAGUUCUUAUCAUUUUGCACCUUAGCUGAUUUGUCUGUAUGUCACAUUCAGUGGAAAUAAAUGCUCUUAGUUGUCCGUCACCAGGAAAAAAAAUAAUUAAAACACAUUUUACUGGAACUAUUACAAGGUUUUUACUUCAGUGUCCUUCUGAGGUUUUCACUCCGCCUCACUACAUUUCCCAAAACCCACUGGGAGCACGUAGCAUAAGAAGUGCAAUAAGAGAAGUCUAUUUAGCACUUGCUAUUUUCCUGCCAUAAUGGGUAUAAUAUUCUUUUAUUUUUUCUGUACUGCAUAAAGCCACCAUUUGUGCAUUUAUCUGAUUUAACAUACAGUCUUCAUUACUCUCCCUCCAGCCUACAGACAGUUUCUGCCCAGCUAAUUCUGGCUUUUAGAAAUAAUUGGAAAGUCCUUAAGGCGUUUCAGGAAUGCGUGACUCAAAGUGUUUCUCUGCCCUCCAGCCACUCCUCAGAGCUCCAUGGUGUCGGUUGGCUCUAAGUGAAAGGUCACCUGUCCUGUGACUGGGGGGGGGGUGGCUGACGCUCUCUGAUGUAACACAGUAUUGUUGUGAUCGGAGGCUGAAAGUUAUUUUAAGCCUCGUGUUACGAAACAUGUGGAAGAGUUCAAGGGUUGAACCAGAACCAGACAUGGAGAAGCUGCAUUCAGCUUCUAUGCACCACAAAUCUGGAGCAAACUUCCAGGAAACUGCAGAACAGCCGAAACACUGAGUUCCUUUAGAUCUAGAAUAAAACCUCACCUGGUUAGAGUUGAUUUUGAACUAUAAUAAGUGAAACCUUGACCAACAUAUUUGAUGUGUAACGAUGAUUUUGGUGAUGGCACUAAACAAAAUGUGAUGUUUGUUUCUGGUUUCUCAGUUGGUGACUGAGAAAUUGAUUGAUUGAUUGAUUGAUUGAGAAUACUCAGGUGGUAUUGGUUUUAUUUUUAGCCAAACAAAAUUCCAUUAUGUGUGAACUGGUAACAGGACUGGGUUUAAAUUUUAAAUCAAGUCCAUUGCAAGGUUUGUAAUCAAUUAAUCACAUUUUAAUAAAAAAAUAAAUAAAAAAAUAAACAAAAUAAGCAACAUUUUCAAUUCAAAAACCCUUUUUGCUGCUAAAUUAUUGAAUAAAUAGACAUGUAGCUUUGCUAAUAAGCUAACUAAUUUAAACCACAACUUGAAAGCAGCAAACAUUUCCAGGCUGCUUGGAUUUACAGGCGUACCAGAAACCAGUGAAUUGACUAAUUGUGCAAAAAAUGUCAAAAUUCAUGUAAUUAAUUAAUCAAAAAUAACACAUUAAAGUCUCGUCCCCAGGCUAGUGAAGCAUUUAACUGCUAGAUAUAAAAUAAAUUCGGGAAGAGUAUGGCUUUGUAAAGAGAACAUUUCAAAGAAAAAAAAUAAAGCUUUCUAUCUUAAGCCAGAUACUGCGCCUGAAUUUAUCUCCAAGCUGUUGCGGUCAAACGUUCCUGAACUGGUGCGAACACAUGACGACGAGAAAGCAUCCUUGAUCUUGAUCCUCCUUUUGCAAGGCAGUAAAAUAAGCCCUAAUUAUUUCUUUCAUUCUGGUUUGGUCGUUUCAGCACACGAGCAGACCAGUGCCAGCUCAGUUUUGCAGAGUAAGUGGAAAGUCUAUAAAAUGCUGGCAGAGAUUCAGGAGGGGCCAAGGUUUCACAUCUAGAGAUCCCCAUUCCCUGAAAGAGGAACCAGGAGCAGAGCAACACCCAGAGGCCGCCGCCAGCAGCUCCUAAUGUCACCACCCAGACUGCAAAACUGAGACGCUACUUGGACUUUGUUAUAGUUGGAAUGUGAAAGAGUGAAGGGACCAGAUAGCUGAACCUCUGCAGCCUGACCCAUCACACACGCACACACGCCCACACACGCAUACACACCCUCUUCUGUCCCAGCGCAGCACAUUCCAACACACUGACACCAGAACCAGGAAAGCUUUUCACAGCGGGACCGGAGGCCCCCACUGGCAGGCAGAGAGAGUGCUGGUGCCCAAUAUUGAGGCUGUUUGGACCGGGCUUGCACUAGGCCACUGAGUGUUCAGGGCUUAUUUAGCAUUGUUCUCAGCAGCCGUGUUUCUGUUACAAAUGUACAGAAUCUUUGUCAAUAUUCCACAAGUGUAAAAAAUAAAAAUAAAAAAAUAAAUCACAAUUGCGAUGUUUCCGUUAAAGGAGAAACAAAAUUAAAAUCACACAUGAAUAAGUUUGUUCACGUCAUAAUUUAUUAAAAAAAACAUCAUCCUCCAACUACUUCCUGUUGUUUUUUCUUUAUGGUUUGUGCCAGUGGAAACAUCCUGUUGCUCAUUUUUUCCUGCCUCUUCUCUUAUAAACUCGGGAGAGACAUUCAGAGCUGGUUGUCAUUUAGAAUCAAGGACAUCCAAGACAUUACCAUAACUCAUAUAUUAUAAUAUGUUGAUGACUUCAAUAGCCAAAUAUCUGAUGGGAUAAAUAUUGUUUUCUUGCUUGCUAAAUAUCAUCUAAGCUGCUGUAAGAAGAGACGUUCUACCCCUUGUUUUGAUUUUUUAAACAAUUUAAACUUUAUUUCUAUUUACUUAAAUAUUGGAAAUCUCUAUAUGGAACAAAAAACUAACAAAAAAACACCAGUAUGACUACUUUUACCAUUACUGUUAUGAGCUCGUCUUUUACAAUCUUAAACUUGUUUUUUUUCCUACCUAUGUUUCACUGUUCCUUGCACCCCAGCAAGAAAAGCUUUCUAAUGACUUAUCGUGUGAUUUUUAAUUGUAUUUCUUAUUUAAUGGAAACACUAUAAUGGUGAAAAUGUGUUAUUUUUGACAGAAGCAGAAGAUUGACAAAGUUUUACUCACAUUUCUAAUUUGAAGCUCUAGCUGUGCACUGUAAAGAAAAGUGCUGACUCAGCUUGACUACUUUCCUUGUUGCUUUGACUCAGUUUAGUUAAAUAACUUUAAACUCUUAACAAGAGCUCUUGCUACAACGCUAAUCAAGUUAACUGUAGUUAACUGAAUUAGAUUAAAAGUGAUUAGUUAAGAGAUUUUUUUUUUCAAAGUUGCCUUAACUUAAGUUUUUACAUUAUUACUUAAAGUUAACUUUUUUAUAUAAUAUUCAAACUAAUAUUAAGUUAAGUUUUUACAGCUUGUGCUAUUUUUAGCUGGUUUUUUUCCUAUUAUUUUCUCACCGCAGACACACCUGGUUCAUCCUGCAUCACCACGUCUCAUUUGUGGGGGAUGGAGGGAAAAACUGCUGAUUUUUAAUAAAGGAGGCAUCAACGUUUCACCACUGCUGCUGCUGCUUUGUGUGCGAGAACCGCUGCAUCCUCUGCACAUGUGCAGCUUUAACAAUGUGAUGUGUAUGAUCCUGUAUGAUCUUCCCAUUGUGUAAAGGCAGAACACACUGCAGUGUGUGCAGCCUGCAGCUGGACAGAAACAAGGUCAGAGAAACCCGGCGGACUCCCAGGAUGAGCAAAAAUAGUGCCUCUGCUCUCCAGGAGCAGAAACUGGGCCUUGGCUCUGUUCUAAAUUUAGCUCCAGCGCUCCCAGCUUUCUGAGGGCCUCGGUGAGAGGGCCACAGCUCCUGCUCCCAAAUUAGACAGGAAUAGACCACUAAUGACAGGAAGUGGGCCCACAGAAAGGCUGAGACACUCCUGGUCAAGAUGUUUAUGAAGUCUUAAAAUAAAUCCUCAUUUCAGCGGCAUCACCUCAUUUGGAACAUUUUGAUGAAACGUUUUGCUGAAACAAAUUCAUGCACUGAGUAACUUUACAAACGCAGGGUGGCAUUCCUGAGAGCUUCUUAUGAUAAUGACUUUGUGUUUUGCUGGAGGAAUAGAAAUAUGAUGACACACAGAGGCUCAUGACUUUCAGUCACCAGGCUGGAGGAGGAGCCAUGUUAUGUUGCCAACACACACAGUGAGCAGGCAAAGAGUGGCACCUGAAGGUCACCGAAAGCCACUUUAGACAACAUUUAUAUGGCAAAAUGUGGUCUGAUCAGAUGUCAAACAACAGAUGAAUUUGUGGACAAGCAGCUCAUGCCCAGUGUUAAUCAUGGGGGAUGAUGUGUGGUGCUGUGGGCCUGAUUUGAAGUAAAAACAAAACAAAAAAAAAUAGUGAACUGAACAUUAUAUGUCAGUUGGUCUUUCUCACAGGGCAAUGAUGCAAAAUACGCAGCCAAAAAACAAACAUUUAUCAGCAUUUUUCCAGGACCAGAAUCAGUCCCUACCAAAACCCGCAGACAAGCUCUGAGCUCAGCUUAAAGUUAAAACUAAAUUUGUUAAAACUACCAAGUCCUGACAGUGUGAGACAGAUAAUAUAUAGAGAGUAGAGAGAUGGAGCUCAUUUCUGUGCUACUAUAUCUGUCUGAAGGGAUGCAGCGCUCCCGGUCAGAAAGAUCCAAUCAGAGCCAGGAGGAGGGGCUUAAUGCUAUCAAUCAUGCUUAUGAACGCGCUGUGGAGAAACAACUUACCGUUACAAGAAAACUGUUUAUCCUCCAUCAUUGGUGGCCAUGCUAACUAGCCUUAGCAUUCAUAACGGGCUUUGUUAUGGUGAACCAGCUGUAGUGCAACAGAGAGGAAGGGGGAGGGUCUGAGCAGUGUGUACACGAGAAUGACUGACAGCAGUAAGAUCCUGAUUGGUUGUUUCUGGUAGAGGGGGAAUAAGACCACAGAGAGAACAAGAACAAUUAAAAAGUCAAUUAAUUAAUUAUUAUUAAUUAAUUAGUGUUUAAAUUUAAGUGUGUUUCAAUGUUUAUUUUUUAUUAACAAUUAUUUAAUUUAAUAAUUCAUUAAAGUCAAUUAAAUAAAGUCACUUAAAGUCUCCGACAUGUUCUCUCAUUAUUGUGGAAUUAGAAAACAGGAAUAUUUUUCAUAAUUCUGACAAAGCAAGAAAAGUUUAGUCUGAUUUAACGUCAGAUAGCAGGGGGAACAACAGGUGUGUCUUUUUAUUCACUCUAUGUAAACUUGUGGUUGAGUAGAGUUUCUAAAAUACUGACAACAGGGGCUGAAUUUGUUCAAAACAGCUGGACAACAGUUAGGAUGUUUUGGAUGUCAAUGACAGAGAUUAUGCUACUGCAAUAAAAGCUGAUGCCUUUACCCGGGUGCCAACAAGCCGGCCUGCAUCAUAAGAGACCCCAGUCAGCUUCCUGUAUCGUUAGUCCACUGAAAAGUGACGCGUCGUGCUGUAGGAAUGUUUCACUUUAUUGAGCUUCAUCAAAUCAAAUUAAUAAACACAUUUAUCCAACAGGGGAAAAAAAGCUUUUGGUCAGUUAAAUUAAUCUCUCAAUGGAACAACAAGAGCUACAGAUUGAAUGAAGACAUGGCAACACAUGGCGGUUGUGUUCUUAAGCUUUUGUUCCCAAAUCAUCAUUGGCAGCGACACACAGAGCCCAUUCACUGCAAGUAAGAAAAACAGACGUAGAGGAAGAGGACAGUGGAUCAGCGUCAGGCGUCCGUAUGGGGAAGGAAACAAGAAAAGAAGAAGAAAGAUUUUCUUUUUUUU